GGUAGCGUCUGCGCGAGUGGGAGUGGAGCGAGUCGCUCGGUCUCGACAGCAUUCAGCCAGCACUCCGCGCGGCACUCCCCGUACGUACGUACGGCUCCGUGCGAGGCUCCGUCCGAUCGGGCUCCCCGUGUUUCACUCCACCGACGCUUCUUUUUCCUCUUCGCCGUCUUUUGCCGGCUUCUUCUGAUUAAUUCUUCUUCGGUGCCAUACUGAAGAGGGGAAACGCGCCACGCGAGGCGGAACUAUCUCCGGACCUAAGACCCCCCUCCCCUCCCCGGCUCUCUCGAGCGCAGCCGGCCCAUUAGGGCAGACGACAGGACGGACGGGCUCCGCGCGGCCGGCCACCCGCCAUGGAGUGACGGAGACGAAAGCCGAGUAGGACGGCGUGCUCCGCUCAAAGCUAACAUGGCGCUGCUGCCGCCGUCGCCGCCGCGAGUUUCGGCCGAUCUCAGUUAAUUUCCCCGCGGACGUCGCCACCUGUAUCUCGUCGGUGGGCCGACCGGUGCUUUUGCGGACCCUUCAAGAAAGCCUCACGGGAUUUUAAACUGAACAGAAUCGCCUCUGAUUGCGAACUAGAAACUCAACUUUUCUCAAAAGGAUGACUUUCCUCUAGUUUUUUUUUUUUUAAAUUUUAUUUCAAGCGGAUAACCGGAUCCACACUUUUAGUUUUUUUUUUUUUAACUUGGUAAAACGAGGACAAAAAAACGGCUCAAGUUUGCUGGAAGUGACGCCGAAUUAUCCAGGGUUACUUCUGUUCGUGAUGUCGAUGCUGAGACGCAAACCAAUCUGGAACUAAGACAAGGGAACCACAUCACACAAAACAUGGUGGAUGCAAGGUUGACACCCCUGGCGGCGAUGGGGCUGGAGCGAGGCGCCCUGAUCCACGAUGGUCUUCGCCUCCACGGUGGCGUUGUGUAUCCAGGAAUUCGAACGCUGCAGACAGAGAAGAGUAGAGAGGCGACCAUUCUCCCAUUGGGUUACAAUCGGGACAUGCUACCCGAGCUUGUCUACAAACCGGAUGGCCCUCUGGACAGUCGUAAAGCCACUAAUGGUUACCUGGGCCUCUAUAAGGGCAUCCCGCCUAAUCUCCACAAGCCGGUGCUAAUUCCUGGAGCGGAAGCUUUAGGCUUGGAACGGCGGCUGGCACCUGGGGAAAAAGCACCUGAAAUGAGCUUAGGGAGCACUGGCAGCAGCUACCUUCGUCUGCCGUGGCUCAACCCUUACCCAGAAGCGAGCAUGUAUCCCUUUAUGGACUCGUCCAAGUAUGCCGCUCUGAACAUGUAUAAAGCUUCGUUGCUCAGCCAACCCAACCCCUACCUCCCCCAGCAUCUGGCCUACCCUUCUCUUUGUGCACCCCAAGGUGGAAAUGUCAACCAUGUCGCAGUCACCUCUGCUGCUGAAAGGCUCUACUAUAUGCCCACGUAUCCACCUCCUACUAUGUCCUCUCCCCUGGUGGCUCCCCAAAUGAGGAUCCCGCCCGUCUCAGUAGCCCCCACCUCACUUGUGCACUGCCAAGACAAGGGGCUGGGUGUCGCCCCGCAAUUUGUACAGCAGCUUCACCAACCUUCCCCGCAUCCUCAGCAUCAUCCGUCUGCUAUCGACAGGGAGCGAUCACCCAACAGGAGCAGUCGACCGAGCCGACCCCCUUCCAGGACUGGCGGCGGUGUCAGCAAUAACACCGGUAGUACAAGCACGAGUGCCGCCAGUGUUGGCAAUAAUAGCCUGCCUACUGACUCCUCACCUCACACGUCCUCUCGCCUUUCCCAAACUCUCAUUGACAAUUCACUGGAUUUACAAAGGCCAGUUGCAAGGAUGGGACAGCCGCCCGUCUCCUCGGCUUCGAUAUCUUCGUCGUCUGCCACGCAGCCCGUUUCUCAUAUGUUGUCUGUCGGCAGCAUGGCGCCGGAACAGGCCUCCCCUGCCAGGCCGCGGCCAAGGGACGGGGCGCCUGGUGCUGAAAGGAGACCCAGCAGGUCACCCUCAAAGUCCAAUUUUGACAGAACUGCUCACCAACCACAAGCAACCAAAGAAUCAGCAGAGAAGCCAUUGGAUUUGUCUGGUCGAAUACUGGAGUUUGGACUUCCUAAUGGUUUCCCCAUUAAAAUGGACACUAUGACUCCAGGUGCACGUUAUGGACUUCCGCCUAGUGGAGAACUCCUAAAAGAGAACCUAUCCCUCUCGCCCUCCUCUCACCCUCACCCCGUGGUAAACAGCACUUCUGUUAAGGUCUCGGAGAGACCAGAGAUGAUCAGCACUUUACACUCGUCCUGGGUUGUACCCAGCCGGUCUCCGUCUCAAACUCAGCACGCCCCGGGCUUAUCCGCAUCUCCCAGAUCGAAUGCAGAUCUGGGAUCUUCGCAAGCCAAAGGCUCCUCCCCCUCUGUCAUCAAACACAAGAAUCUGGAAAGAGUGCUCCCUCAGCCACGUAGCUCGUCCUGUCCGAGGAUAAGUGAGUCCAACUCUGUUUCGUCGGAUUCCGCUCUCAUCACAUCCAGGGGUCUCUCUCCCAAAUCAAAUGGUGAUUGGGCCAAACACAGCCCCCAUCAAUCAGAACACAUAUCAGUCAUGGGCCACCACAGAGAAGGAGUGGAGAAGUCCUCCCAGAAUGCUAAGCGAGCAGAAAGUAUUCCAGAGGCGUCAUCCUACAAAAGGCCCAUGUUGGAGAACGGUCACCCAGCGGCCCCCCUUUACCUUCCUCAAAGUGACGCUUACCUAACCCACAGUUUGGCCUACGCCAAUAGAUACCUGCACUACCCCAUCCAUGACAGCAUGGCACUUCACCCCCUGCCAAUAGCAGGGAAAGGUCCAGUCUACCCUCACCCGGUAUUGCUGGGCAGCAAUAGCCUUUAUCCAUCCCACUUGGCAGCCAAACCCCCUUUACCCUACCACAACCUACCGCCGGCUACAGGAGGGGAAUACCUCGCUUAUAACUCGCAGGAGAUGUCACACCCGCUAAUGCAGCCUCUCUCCGAUAAGCUGUCAGAAAGAGGGGACGGCGCACUGAAACCGCGGGGACACGAGAAACCCAGGGGUUCUUUUGAAGAGAGAGAGAAGAACACCAGCAAAGAGGUGAGAGAAGGGAGCCACAUCAAGUCAGAUAAAGAAGCAAUAGCACAAGGGCAAAGUGGCAGUCAAACUAAAACAUCGUCUCCCUCUGUCGCGCACCGAGAAAAGAUUGAAUGCAUUGACCUUGUCCACUCGGACACCGAUGCAGAGUCGACUCCGGCGGUCCAGAAACAACCCUCUGGCGAAUCCUCAGCUUUCGACCAAAAUGAACGUUACCAUAGCAACCAAAACACAACAAGAGUGGAGUAUGAGCCAAAAUUUCAUCUUUCCCAUCCUUACCCUAUCCUCUCCGGACACAGCCCAACACAAAAGGCCCAUCCCGCAGACAGACAGCAGGAAACUACCUAUGGAAAGCCAAAGGCUGUUCAGGACGCAGGCUGUCCUGCAGCGACCUCCAGCACACCCCCAAAUAAUCCCGGAAAGCUCUGCCGAGGAGAAGAGGAAGACUCCUCGGAAGAGCAGUGUCCCAGCCCGGACCCCGCAGACGACGACCAGAGUACUUUGCGUUGCGCCCGUACGUCCGGUGAACGCAGCUCUGGCAAGGACAAAGGGGCACGGGACAGCAGAGCUCCUCACUUCACUCCAACGUGCGCCGUUGUGCCCAAAGAGGCCAACCAGGAUGCGUUGACGUGUAGAGACACGGAAAACGAAGACAGCGUUGUGGACCUCGGGGAGUCUCAAGGAGAGGGUGACGACGAGGACGACGAAGAUUGCCAGAACUCCAAAGGCUCUCGCCGCUCCAGUCUGGCCAAGAGAAUUGCCAACUCGUCGGGCUAUGUCGGCGACCGCUUUAAAUGCGUCACCACGGAGCUGUACGCUGACUCCAGCAAACUGAGCCGCGAGCAGAGAGCGCUGCAGAUGGAAGUCAUAUCACGAGAGGGGAGUAAUAUAAGUCAACCUGCAGCUAACUGGGAGCGGGCGAUGAUGCGGUUCUCCGAGCUGGAGCUGAAGGAGAAGGAGGGCGGCGGCUGUGGUGGCGGCAGCGGCGGCAGUGUGUGCGUGUCUGCCCCGACAGCGGGACGAGAGCUGGCGGACAGCCAGCGCAGAGAGCGAGCGCUGGAACUCAGCCAAUACGCCACCCGGCAUGGGGAGAGGGAGGGUGUCCUGCUGGCGUACCCCAAUAAUCGUGUCCCAGUCCUUCAGAGGUGUGGUACCCAGAGAGAGUCCGCCAGUCUGAGCGACAGCGCUCGCAGGCUGGGCUUGGAGUCCGAAGGGGGUCACCCUGCCUUGGCGGCGAGAGAGUCUACCGAGGAGGCUCUCGGUCAUGACUUUGGCGCCGGUGGAAAGCGUGUGCGCGUUCUCAAGGUGGAGCAGGAUUCUGAGCAGGAGGAAGAAGAGAGGAUGUUCCACCCUCAGAAAAGAGCCAGGAUGUCUGCUGACGAGCACGAGCAGACCAGUGCAGACGACGACGCAGAAGAAGACGAUGACGACGAGGUGCGCAAGCUCAAGGUCUGCAUCGAGCUGAAAGGGCUGCGGCUUAGCAAGCCCGCCCAGGGGGGCGCCUCUCCCGACCGCCCCCAGAUCAAACAAGAGCAGCCUUGGCCCCGCUUGCUCGGCCCGGCGCAGACCCAGCGAGAGCAUGACGAGCGGGCGCUGGCGCAGAGAGCCGACAUCAACAGGAAGUGGGCCUGCGAAAGACUGCUCAACGGAGUCGCUGCACCUCCCCUUCACCCCGGCGGCCAGCUGAAGGACAGAGUGCACCCGCCGGGCCCCUUCUCAGGUGACCGUGGCCUCAAGGAGUCUCGGCGCGGCCCUCCCUCUCCGGGCCCGGAGCCCCCGCUGGGAGGCGCCCCUCCCCUCAAGCUGCGUCGUCAUAGCGACACGGACAAGCCCAAGGGCAAGCGGCCGUGCAAGACCAAACACACCAGCCUGCGAGAGCGUGAGAGGAGAAAAGAGGCCGCUCCUAACAGCCCUGACCGGCAUUUCCCGGCUGAUCUGGGAACAGCUGAGGACGACAAGCUGAGUGAGCAGCGAGAGGCUCCGAGGAAGCGAGCUGCCUCUCCUAAUCAUUAUCCCUGCUCUCCAGUCAAGCCCUGCUCCCCCGCCGCGCUCUGUCCGCCCCCGCCGCAACCCCAGGCCAACGGCAGAGCGGGCGGCGUCCCGCCAGAGGUCAUCGGGGCGCACCGGAUGCCCGCCGCCGCCGCCGACGACACCCCGGUGGUGAGGCCCAUCCCGCCCGAAGCCAGACGGCUGAUUGUGAACAAGAAUGCCGGCGAGACGCUCCUCCAGAGAGCGGCGCGUCUGGGCUACGAGGAGGUGGUGCUCUACUGCCUGGAGAACCGAGUGUGCGAGGUGAAUCACCGAGACUACGCCGGCUACUGCGCCCUCCACGAGGCCUGCGCCCGCGGCUGGCUCAGCAUCGUCCAGCACCUGCUGGACUACGGGGCCGACAUCAACUGUAGCGCGCAGGACGGCACCAGGCCCAUUCAUGACGCGGUGGAAAACGAUCACCUUGAUGUGGUGCGCGUCCUGCUGUCCUACGGGGCCGACCCCACCUUGGCAACGUAUUCUGGCCGGGGCCUCCUCAAAAUGACCCACAGUGACAUCAUGGAGCGCUUUCUCACCGAUUAUUUUGCUGACCUUCAGGGCCGCGCAGAUGACGACCCCGGAGUUUAUUGGGAAUUCUACGGCAGCUCUGUGUGUGAGUCUGCCGAGGAGGGCGGAGCUUACGACGUCUUGGCCGACCCACCUGGCCCCGACGAGGACGACGAGGACGACAAGAGGGAGGUGUUUGAGUUUGAGUUCUCCGACCGGCCCUUGCUGCCGUGCUACAACAUCCAGGUGUCCGUCUCUCAUGGGCCUAGAAACUGGCUACUCCUGUCUGAUGUGCUCCGCCGUUUGCGCAUGUCGGCCCGUGGCUUCCGGCAGGCCUUCCCCCACAUGGAGGUGGUGACGGUGUCCGAGGCCGAGUUCUACCGGCAGGCCUCGCUGUCUCAGCUCUUCUCCUGUCCGGAGGAGCUGGAGGGCUUCCAGCCAGACAGCAAGGAACUGCUGGACCUGGUGGAGGACAGUGCCGAACUAGCUGCCCUGCUGGGCUCCACGCUGGAGUGCUUGGACGACCGCUGGGAGCAGGCCAGGGACAAACUGAAGGACAGGAUCAAGGCGGCUGGCCAAGUGGGCCUCAUCCUUAACCCGGCUCACAAGCACUGACCUUCUUCACCAUCUUGGGCUGCGGUUGGCUUUGCGGUCCAUCGGGAGUCAGUGUUCUCCGCCCCGGCACUGUACAUAGAGACUUUUGGACCUGCUGGCUGACCCGGCCUGUGUUAGCUUAGCCAUACGCUUGACUCUCAACAACUGAUGGUCGUAUUUUUUAUAAAUUAAUAUAUGUACAAAUAAAUAUAAAUGAAUAUAUGUAUGUACAUAUACAUUUAGGUGUGUGUGUGUGUACAUAGUUUUUUUCUCCUUUCCGAUAACCGGACAGCGAGAGAGCGCAGCACAUUGUGCAUGUGUGCUAUAUUGAAUGUGCUAUUUGAGUUCACAGGGAGCACAUGAUGUACAAUUCUUUUGGUUGUAUCUUUUUUUCCAUUUUGUAAUGUUCAAAUUGUGCUUCCUGUCCAGUCUGUAAUUUAACACGCAGAGCUACAGCGUUGAUUGUAUAAAAGUUUUAUUGUAAUACUGAUGUUCACCCUUUGGCAAAGAGCUUGUGUAUAUAUCUAACAGUGAGGCUACUGCAGUAAAUCAAACUUUUUUUGGGUGUCCAUUUUGUUUUGUUUUAACUUUGUAAUUAAAAUAUCUCCUAAUUUGUAUUUA